AUACCUGCGAUCAAGAAUACCUCCGUCCUCGUCAUCGGCGGCUCGUCUGGUAUCGGCUACGGAGUUGCCAACAAGGCCCUUGCCGAAGGAGCCAGAGUUCACAUCGUGUCUUCGAAUCCCUCCCGCCUUGAGCAGAGCGUCGCUGCCUUGAAGCAGAAGCACAUUGGAGCAGACGUCUCGAGCCAGCCAUGCGAUCUGGUGGACCCUAACGUGGAACGGAACCUCGAGAAGGUUCUCGAGUCCAUCGAGCCGCUUGACCACAUUGUCUACACCGCCGGGGACGCACUCGCCAUCGUACCGCUGGCCCAGAUAAAUCUCGAUUCGAUUCACAAGGCGAGCCACAUUCGGUUUACUGUUCCUCUUCUACUGGCUAAGCUUGCCCCGCGGUAUUUGAAGCUGAACUACCGCCAUACAAUCUCACAUACCCCAACCGCUUGUUCAGCUUGA